AUGAGUUGCAGUCAUUUAUUCGUUGGGCCUGUUUGGAAGAGUAUAUUUAAAAAUCAAGGUCAAGGAUUAUUUUAUGGCGUUCGAUGUAAUGAAAUUGAAUGCGAUUAUAGUGAUAUUAAGGAGAUUACUCCAGAUUUAAGAGAAAAAGGAACGUAUUAUUUCAAAAGAUCAGAUUCAUAUCCAUUUGGUUUAGGAUUAGAUGGAAUCAAGAAUAUAACACCUACGAAAAAUAGCACUUUCAAUUUUGACUGGGAAUUCGCUUCAAUAUUUAUGAAGCAUACUCAAGAAUCUUGGCUUUCGCAACUCAUAUUUCACUUUGAUUAAUCGACUCAAGCAUUCUUACACGAUAAAGAGUGAAUUUUUGAUAUACUUGGAAUUUUGGCUACAUAUGGAAAAACUUUUUAAUUAACGAAAAUAAGUUAAUCUUUAUAAAAAUCUCUGUUAA